AUGGAUGAACAAAUUUCUAUUGCAACAUAUCAAUCAGUUCGUUAUCGUAACGCUAUCGUACAAUUUGAAACAGUAACUCUUAAUGGUAUCGAAUGUUUAGUUUUGGAAGACGUUCGUCAACGUUUUCCUACAGUGACAUCGUUAUGUAUUGAAAACACCCAAAUAGCAUUUCUUCGUGACGAAAAUGGACAACGUUCAGAGCCUCAACGUAUUAAAGCAUAUAAAGAUGUACUUAUUGAUGCUUUUGAUCCCGAAGAACAAUACAAUGAUUAUAUUUAUACUCGCAUCGAUCGUCUCGAUAAAAACGUGCAUAACAUACAAAAAACAGUUGACCUUAUUCACAUCAAUUCACAGGAGACUUUGAUUACGACGAGACAAGCUAUGACGCAAAAUUAUGAGCUUCAUGAAUAUACUACUCCUCGUUAUUUUUAUAUUCUACCUAUAGAAGAUUAUAAUCGAGGAGUUCUAAAUUCUGUAAAAGGUUACUUUCAGCAUCAAUAUAAAUUAUAUUUCCUAUGUGACUGUUCAGACAAUCCUACACAACGGCAUGUUGCAUUACAUGAAGGUUAUGUAGUUAAGAAACCAAAAGAAUUUAUUGUGAAGUAUGGACCUCACCUACGCACAACAUUAGGUAUCGUUCGAAUUCUACUUGGUGUCGGAAUUAGCAUUCUUCCGCUAGUCGACAACAUACCAGGUUUUACAAAUACCAAGUCCAUUCCUCGAGUAGGUCCAUCAACGACUACUAGUGUUAACAAUCAACUAGAUAUGAUGACCGCAGCAAUUCAAGAAAUUGAAACUACAACUCCGCCUGUAGAUACAUCACAAACUACGACAAGUACUUCUCAAAAGACUGCGUUACAUGGUGCUGAACUGCGAGAAUUGGAAAAUUAUUUAGAAAACGUUGAUACGAAGAAAAGUCUGGGUAAUUUACAUCGAAUGAUUAGUGACGAUGGUCAUGUUCGAUGGGUAUGUUUAGAACAUUAUGAUACGAUUAGUUUUAACAAUAAACUAUCUGAAAAUAUCCAUCAAUUUGAAGCUUUUGGAGGAACAUUUAAUCGAGAAACAAAAGAAGCGGUUAUAGAGGACAAAUAUCUGACUAGUGAUCAUGUCACAAUAUUAUGUAAUCUAUUAAAAAAAGGAUUUACCUUUGCUAUUUUAAAAUUAGUGAAAUGUUCAUUAAAGAAUACAACUGAUCUUGAUCAAUUAUUUGACGUUACUAUUAAUCGUUCUUCUAUUUGUCGUGUAGACAUUUUCGAUCUUACAGUUCAAUCUCUAAUAGGAAGUCCAAAAUGUAUUUGCAAAUAUAUGUCGAUACAUACUAAAGAUCAUGUCGUAGAAAUACAAGCACCGGGACGCUAUCAAAACAUAGAUUUGAAAAUCUUUCAUCAACUUUGGUCUCAAAGCAAGAUACGUCGAGUAUUUCGCAUUCAUGGUUUUGAAGUUUUUCCAAAUGAUGAAAAAACAUUUUGUGGGGCUACACAAACAACAUCAGACUCGAAAAUAUUGUCCAUCAGUCAUCUGCAUAAUAUCGAAUUUCUGAAUAUUCUCCUUACAAAUGAUUUUUCAAUCAGUCAAUUAAAACUGAACUUCUGCUUCAGUUCGCCUACUAUUAUGAUUAAUUUUUGUCAAACAUUGAAAAAAAACCAAACACUGCUAGAACUUGAUAUUAUGAGUUAUACUAGUUUUGAUAAUGAACAAGUCAUGAUUGAACUGAUGAAGUCAUUACGCAAUCAUAAAUCAUUGAAAAAGGUUAGUCUUUUCAUUUCUGACAUCAAAUUAUCGGACGAAAAAGAACGUUGUUUGAUUGAUCUGCUAUUGAAUGACUCAUUUAUUUCUUGUUUAUGCUUAUCAAAUUGUUUUGUUUCGCAUGAACUUACAGAAGCACUUAUUAAAGCUUCAGAAUCAACAAAACCUUAUUCAUUCACUUCACUUGAAAUGUAUCAUUAUCAGAUGGAUGAUGCAGAUAAAUCGAAACUCCAAUUACAGCAUAAUGAGAAGAAAUUAGCAAAUCUAUUAUUUUCAAAGGAACAUUAUUGGUGCAAGGCCUUGAACAAAAUGCGAUAUCAGUUUCAACAAGGUAAGUAUCGUUUACCUUAA